CAAGCAGUGCGCGCCCCGCUCCCGGCCGGAGGGAAGGAGGCCGAAAUGGCCGACGACGACGAGGGGCCUCCAGUGGCACCGGCCCCGGUGUCUUUCAGCUUCACUCGCACGGCCGCUCGGAAGAGGGUGGUGGAGCCGAAGGGCGGGAAGGACGCGGUGGAGGAGAAAGAUUUCCUUAAGGCUGUAGAAAGGAACGAACUGCAAAGCGUGAAACCGGCGGAGGCUCCCAAGGAGCUGAUCAUCCCCCUGAUAAAAAACAACCAAUGGAGGAAGCCAGCACCGGCUCCCGCUGUUCAGAAGGAAUCCAAGCCGCCUCCUCCCGAGGACGGAGUUCUGACCCAGGCAGUGAAAGAGAUAAUCGAAGAGUCGAAAAAGUCCCUAGAGGAACGAGAGAACGGCUCGCAGGUAGACCCCAAUCUGGCGAUCCCGCUGCUCAUGCAGAACCGCGUCCCUGAUGGCUUUGAGGAUGGGGACAAAGUGGAUGUCAGCCUCCGGCCGGAGUCGGCGACAGAGGCGGAUUAUGAGGUGGUGCCAGUGGAAGCCUAUGGGAUAGCCAUGUUGCGGGGGAUGGGCUGGAAAGCAGGCGAGGGCAUCGGGCGCACCUUCAAACAGGACGUGAAACCACAGGAGAAUCAGCUGCGCCCCAAAGGGUUGGGCCUGGGAGCCGACAGAGCAGCCGUGGAGAAACUGGGCCCCCGGGCCGCCGGACGGCGCCCCCGGCCCGGAGAGAAGAGGCCGGCCGGACAAGAGGAGGAAGAGGAGGAGGGGGAAUCUCAGAGGUUGGCACCGGGGGCCUCCGUGCUCAUCCUCUCCGGUCCACAUAAGGAGCUGUACGGGAAGGUGGAGGGGCUGGACCCCGACAAUGCCCGCGCGAUGGUGAGGCUGGCGGUCGGAGGCCACAUGGUGACCAUCAGCGAAUACGUGCUGAAGCCAGUCAGUCAGAAGGAAUUCGACAGUAACGCGACAGACCUGACCCGCCUGUCCAGACCCGGCCCGGAGCUGCAGAAUGGCAUCGACCAGAGGCUGAGAGGUGGGUCUCCCUCCAUCCGGCGAGAGGACAAGGACCUAAAGAGGAGGCUGUCCCCAGACAGGGCGGCCGGAGCCAAGAGCAAGGAGAGCAGGCCAGCCGGAGUCACGGGCCAAGAGGGCGGGCCGGCCGGAGUCACGGGCAAGGAGGGUGGGCCGGCCGGGUCUUCACGGGCCCCUCACUGGCUGCAGCGAGACCUGCGUGUGCGCUUCGUCGACAAGCUGUACAAAGCGGGGAGAUACUACAACUGCAAGAUGAUCAUCGAAGAUGUUGUGAGUCCAGACACCUGUGUUUGCCGGACAGAAGACGGCCGAGUCCUGGAAGGUGUGAAGGAGGCCAUGCUGGAGACCCUCAUCCCGAAGGACGAAGACAACUGGAUCAUGGUAGUGUUGGGCCAGUUCUCGGGCCGGCUGGGGCGGAUCCUGCGGCGGGACAGAGAGCGAAGCCGAGCCCUGGUGCAGCUGCAGCGGGACGAGGAGGGGCCGGUGCUGAAGCUGGACUACGACGCCAUCUGCCACUACGUGGGCCAUGUGGAUGAGGACUGAAGGCUCCAUGUCUCUCGGUGAACCCGACCGGAUCCAGAGGGGGCCCCAGCACAGGAGGGCAGAGGCCCCUGUUCUUCGAGCCCCAGCGAAGCCCCGCAGGUCACCUCGCCCGGCUAGGACCGGGGGGGCCUACCCCUACCCCUCCCACACCACCGCCCGGCGGGACUCGGGGCCACCUCGGCCAACCCGGGCCUCUAGAAGCCCUGACCUCGCAGGAGGUCUUGGACUGGACGUGACUGAACCCAGCCAGAUUUUGACACCAGCAGACUCCCAACUCCCAGGCGGAGUCUGGGUUCGUUCGGAUGGACGAGGUGCAGCCCGGCCCUGUCUGUCUUGGGGGGUCCCGGACUGGCACUUGGGCCCUGUUAGGUUUUUACCUGUAAAAAAUGUAAAUAAAAAAGAAGUUUCCCAAA